CCGAGAAUGGAGUGCUGUUGAAGGAGGAGGCAUUCAUGGUGUGCAGUUUAAACUUGAUCUGUGCUGAGAACACCGGACACAGAAUGCAAGAAGCUUAUGAGGAGCCAAUAGAACAGCUUGCAGAUCAGGACAGCAGUCUGUUUGAAAAGUUUCUGCCUGACAGUGUUGGGUCGGAGCCAGAUGCUAACAUCUACAUGAACUUCAUGAAAGCACAUCAAUGCUAUGAUGCCAUCCCCACCAGUUCCAAACUUGUUGUCUUCGAUACCACCUUGCAGGUGAAGAAAGCCUUCCUGGCAAUGGUCGCCAAUGGUCUGAGAGCAGCCCCUCUCUGGAACAGCAAGGAGCAAUGUUUUGUGGGCAUGCUGACCAUUACUGACUUCAUCAACAUCUUGCACAGAUACUACACGUCUCCAAUGGUGCAAAUCUAUCAGUUGGAGGAACACAAGAUUGAGACUUGGAGAGAGAUUUAUUUACAAGGUUCCUUUAAGAAACUGGUCAGUAUCUCACCGAAUGACAGUCUAUUUGAUGCCGUUUACUCUUUAAUUAAGAAUAAAAUCCAUCGGCUGCCGGUGAUCGACCCUGUAUCUGGCAACGUGCUUUAUAUCCUGACGCACAAACGCAUCCUGAAGUACUUCCACCUUUUUGUCUCAAAGCUCCCCAAGCCAAGUUUUAUGAAGAAGACUCUUAGAGAGCUUGGGAUCGGAACAUAUGAGAAUGUGGCCCUGGUGGAAGAGACGUCAACAGUGUAUGAAGCUCUUGGCAUCUUUGUGUCAAGGAGGGUGUCUGCUCUGCCUGUUGUCAAUAAGCUGGGUAAAGUGGUGAAUCUGUACUCAAGGUUCGACGCUAUAAAUCUGGCUGCUCAGAAAGCUUACAACAACCUGGAUGUCAGUGUGAAGGAGGUGCUGGAGCAGAGGUGGCAUUGCUUCGAGAACGUUCUCAAGUGCUAUGCACACGAGACCCUGGAAGUCAUCAUUGAACGCCUGGUCAAACAUGAGGUCCAUCGGUUGGUAUUAGUGGAUGAGGAGGACGUGGUGCACGGGAUUGUCUCACUGUCCGACAUGCUCCAAGCAUUGGUCCUCUCUCCAGCAGAUCCCAAGGGCCAGUUCCUGCAUUCUACCUGAGAUCAAUACACUUUUCAGGAGCACGCAGAUCACGUGUUGAUGGGAUGUAAAUGGAUAUUGGAAAAGGAACACUCCUAGCAGGAACAACUUCCUGACAAAUGCCAACCUUUCUGUGAUCUUCAUGGGAAAGGGUUUCCGACAGUGACAGUCUUGGGAUUUAAUGCCCUCUUUUAAGCUUGCUCUUUAAGGCUAUAUUCCUGUCUAUACUACUUCUGCAGCACUUUUGGGUUAAAGAUGGAGAUAACAGGAGAAGGAAGUUAAGUUGAUGCACUAUAGGAAUGAGGUUCACCACAAACAAAAUGCAAUUAUGAUUGUCAUUUAAUUCUUGUUUUGCACUUUAUUUGAAGCACAGAUUUAGAUAGGAGUUGUAUGCUGAUUUUACAGGUUGCUUCACAGUGUGGUGUGGUGUGCGGUGAAACUAAUUAGCUCAACCCCAUGGGUAACAAUCAGACAUGUGCUGUUAAAUUGAUAGUUUGAAAUUUUGGAAGAUUAGCGGUAAACAUAAAAACACCUAUUUCUACCAGUGUGUAUCGAAGGCCUGUGAAAUCCCUGUCCUGAGUCAUGGCUGUCUCUCUAUGCAGGAAGCUCUCAGACAUAGAUUAAUGAAAGAAAGAUUGCCUUUAUUUGUCACAUAGACAUCAAAAUAUCAAAAUAUGCAGUGAAAUGCAUCAUUUGUGACAAUGACCAACACAGACUGAAAAUGUGCUGGGUACAGACUACAGGUCUCGCCAUGCUUCCAAUCCCAACAUAGCAAGUCCAAACCCAUAUGUCUUUGGACUGUGGAAGGAAACGGGUAAACCCAUACAGUGGGUAAACCUGGUAAGCCUGGGGUAAACCCAUACAGUGGGUAAACCUGGUAAGCCUGGGGUAAACCCAUACAGUGGGUAAACCUGGUAAGCCUGGGGUAAACCCAUACAGUGAAGACAAGAAGGUACCAACCCCUUACAGACAACGACAGGAACUGAACUCUGAUUGGUGAUUGUUAUUGCUGUAAAACAUUGUGCUAAAUGCUAUGCUACCAUACUGUCCUGCCAAUAGGGGAUUGAUUACCUAUUUCAGAAUGAGGGGAUCUUGGAGGUGCUGGUGUUCUCUAGCCACAAUUAUUACCGUCCUUUUGGGUGGAAGGAGUUAAAGAUCUGAGAGGUAUAAAUGGUUGGUGGUGUCAGAAACCCCUAGUACCUAAACCAGACCUCAAAGCAUUAUAAGCUUUCGCAGAAUAAUGUUCAAAGUAAAUUUAUUAUCAAGGUACAAAUAUGUCACCAUAUGCUACCUUGAAAUUCAUUUUCUUUCAGGCAUUCACAGGCAAAUAAAGCAUACAAUGACAUUUAUGGAGAAGUAUAAAUAGCAAGGACUAAAAGCAACCA